UUUCCCAAUAGCUCAAUGUCAUAUAUGCAUUUUUCUUUGUAUCCAGUAUUCUGUUAAUCACAAAGUUCAGCUUUCCCUAGCAAUGAAGUUCACAGAUUUGCUCUUUGCUCUGAAACCUCUCUUUCCAAUACUAAUAGCUGUAAUUUUAUCUGCUUUUAUUAUCAAAAUCCAUGGGGGUAGAUUUUCUGACAGGAAAAGAAGAUAUCACCCAGUUGCUGGCACUGUCUUGCACCAACUCUUCAACUUUCAUAGGCUGCUUGACUACAUGACCAACCUUACCAGCCAUAGGAAAACUUACAGGUUGCUUAGCUUCAUCAGAAGUGAGGUUUACACUGCAGACCCUGUUAAUAUUGAGCAUAUCCUGGUCACAAACUUUGGAAACUAUGGCAAGGGUUGGUAUCACCACAGUGUCUUGACAGAUCUUCUAGGAGAUGGCAUUUUCACAGUGGAUGGAGAGAAGUGGCGACAUCAGAGGAAGGCAGCAAGCUAUCAAUUCUCAACCAAGCUAUUAAGAGAAUUCAGCAGUUCAGUGUUCAAAUCCAAUGCAGUAAAACUUGCAGGGAUAAUUUCUGAAGCUGCAAUCUCAAACAAUAUUAUUGAGCUGCAGGAUCUGUUCAUGAAAUCAGCUCUAGAUUCUGUAUUCAAGGUUGUCCUUGGUGUAGAACUAGACACCAUGUGUGGAACCUAUAAAGAAGGCACACAGUUCUCAAAUGCUUUUGAUGAAGCAAGUGCUGCUAUCAUGUUUCGGUAUUUUAACUUUCUCUGGAGGUUACAACGGUUCCUGAACAUUGGAUCGGAAGCAGUACUUAGUAAAAGUCUAAGAGUGAUUGAUGAAUAUGUGAAUAAACUAAUCAGAAGCAAGAUUGAGCAAGCCCAAAAGCUACAAGAUAAUUCUCCUGGGAUGAAAGGAGACAUUUUGUCAAGGUUUAUAGAAUUGAAAGAGACAGAUCCAAAGUAUCUUAAAGACAUUAUCUUGAGUUUUAUAAUUGCAGGGAAAGAUACAACAGCAAUUACUCUUUCUUGGUUCCUAUACCAACUCUGCAAGCAUCCUCAUGUGCAGGAGAAGAUUGCACAAGAAAUAAGGGAGGCAACAAGAGUAGCAGAUGGAUCAACAGUUGAUGAACUUGCAGCUAGUGUAACUGAAGAAAACCUUGAAAAGAUGCAGUAUCUGCAUGCAGCUUUGACAGAAACACUCAGGCUCCACCCAGCAGUUCCAGUGGAAGGAAAGUUUUGUUUUUCAGAUGACACGUGGCCAGAUGGAUUUAGUGUCAAGAAAGGUGAUCUUGUGUCAUUCCUACCAUAUGUAAUGGGAAGGAUGAAAUUCUUGUGGGGUGAAGAUGCUGAAAAAUUCAGGCCUCAGAGAUGGCUUGAUGAAAAUGGAAUUUUCCAAAAAGAAAGUCCUUUUAAGUUCACAGCUUUCCAGGCGGGUCCAAGAAUUUGCCUGGGAAAGGAGUUUGCAUACAGACAGAUGAAGAUGUUUUCUGCAAUCCUUUUAGGUAGCCACAGCUUCAAACUGGCAGAGCAAAAUAAAUCUGUAAAAUACAAAACCUCACUCACUCUACAAAUUGAUGGUGGCCUUCAUGUCUAUGCUUCUCAGAGAGGGAAAUAAUGGUCUUACAAAGACAUACCCUUGCCUAGAAUAUAUGGAUAGCGCAUGACUUCAAAAUAGAUUAGUAAUAUAAACUUAAUUCAUGCGUCUAAUUAUGUCAAAAUUGAUAAGAAUUUAUUUUGGAGCAGUCAUACUUUCUAAUAAUUCUAUAUUGCUUCGAACAUUAUUAGUUUUUUUUUUUUUUUAAUAACGUUAUAUAGAUA